CACAAAAGAAAAAAAAUAAAAAGCUCUUACAAGAACACACGAUGUUGCUGAACAUGUGCAUGUAGAAGCAGUGCCUCUAAUGUGGCGGGUCUUCGUCUCUUUGCAUGAAACUAUAUUAUCCAUAUUAUCCUGGGAAAUUAUUAAACUAAAACAUGUUGCUUUAUUGAUUUACAAAUCAUCUUUUUUCUUCACAGAGGUUCAUCAUCUCAUCAGCUUUGCUUCACACCAAUCAUAAGGCUCCUCAAAGCAAAACAACGCCAUGACAAACUCUGCUGCAUCUGCCAGUACAACCAGCGCAGACAGCAACUCUGGGCGGUGUAAGGCCAUUGCCAUCUCCACCGGACAGCGAUGCUCUCGCAGUGGCAAGCUCGACGGGUACUGCUCAGAAAAACAUAAGCAGCAGGCUAAUACCACCAACGGCCUUUGGGGAAUCGGGCGCCAGCCAGGCGCGUCUCCAUUCACGGACUCGGAGGGGGAAUCUCAUCCGGCCCCUACAGACACAUCCAAAAAAUCAAAGACUAGUAAGGCCCUCAAGGCCUUGGGUAUAAAGAAAACUGCCGACGCCGAGGAUAUUGCAACCCCAGCUUCAGCUCCGGCACCAGUCCCAGUCCCAACCCCAGCCCCAACUUCAGCACCUGCACCGUCAUCUGCCAAUGCCCCAUCGCAUACUUCUGCUUCCAAAAUAACUAAGGUUGAAAAGCCGUCUCCUGCUGCCAGGAAGGCGCCAACUACAAAAAAGAAGACAACAGCGCCCAGGAACACCAGAAGCAAGAAGAAGGUUAUUGAAUCCUCAGAUGAGUUUGAGCCUGAAUCUGAUGAUGACUAUAAGCCAUCUGAUAGCGAUGAUUAUGAUAGUGAUUCAUACUCGGAUGACAUUGAUGACGAUGAUGAUGACGAUGAUGAUGACGAUGUAGACGAGCUUACAGGAAAACUAGCGUCAGUCAAAAUCAAGUCCGGUGACCCUACCUUGCCUCCUUCUACCAACAAUUCUUCACCACUCAGUACCAAGGUCAAACGCACAAAGUCUAAAAUUUUCACUACUAAUGCGGUCUUGGCUCCACCCAAGAACAAGACAAAAGCAACUUCAGUGGCGGGUCGUCCUACAGGUGGUUUUUGGGUGCCUGCACCACCUCCUGUAACAAUCCCUGAAUCCACAAAGAAGAUCCUUGCGUCUGUAAAGGAUCGACUGGGAUUGGAUGAGAGCACUAGCGAUGUUGCUGCAGUGGGAGGAUCCCAGACUGCUCAAGAAAAGAAAUCUUCUGGAUUUUUUAAAUACCAUGCCCGUGUGCACAACUACUUAUUCUCAAAUGAUGAUGAUGAUGAUGUUGUAAACCCAGACUCUAAGCGUGCUGCUGUUAGGAGAAUGUUCAAGUCAUUUUUCCACAAGAUGAAAGGAUCUGACUCGGAGGGUGAAAUUCCUUAUCAAAAGCCCUUACCUCAGGUACCAGCUGGAAAAACAAUUGGAAGUGGUCCUCAACCACGCAAGUCGCAUGGUAGCGCCGUCAAUUCAGUUAUACAAGAUAUCCAGGAUCUAUCAAUCAAAUCAGAAGAAGAUGAGGUUCCUAAUCAAUGCCAUGGAUUUAAUUCUAAUGGACACCGAUGCAAACGCAAGGUCAAGCUGGAUAGACCCAUGGAGAAGGGUGAAGUGCUGAUGUGCCAUGACCAUGAGGUGAAUGAGGAUGAGGAGGUUGUUGUUCAUAUCGAGGGCAAGGGAGGUGUAUUAUUGCAAUGGAUGGAUCUUUCUGUAUGGGUCAAUCCCAACCUUCCCGAUUAUGUCCAAAACAAACUUCGGAGAGCCAUGGAGAGGCCUGUCUCUGACACAGACAAACCCGGCUACAUUUACGCGUACCAAUUGAUUGAAACACGUCUCACAGACACCCACACACUGUUCAAAGUUGGCCGCACUGAUAAUAUUUUCCGCCGUAUGAGUGAAUGGUCUGACAAAUGUGGCUCUCCUCCUCGUUUGAUCGAAGUCUUCCCAGAGCAAGGAUCUCUUGCACCCAAGGAUGAAAGCGAUCUGUCAGAAAUAGCCACUAAGACUGCAGGUGAUAAUGAGGUGACUGGUCUACGAUGCCGAUAUGCCCACAGGGUUGAACGAUUGAUUCAUAUUGAAUUGAAGCCUUUUCAUGACAAGGACCAUGUCUGCGCAUGCAAGACUAACCACCGUGAGUGGUUCAAGGUCCCACACCAACCUGGACUAAGUGAUUCGCAGCAGAUGAAGCAGGCGUGGGGUCAGAUCCGAAGAGUGAUUGUGCACUGGAUGGCUUACAUGGAGCAUGUCUAUGGGCCCGGGUAAGAACACCUGCUCCGAUUCCCUGGCAUAGCCAUUAUCAGUGCCAUAGUCAAGAUUUGUUCUAUAGAUUAAAUUAAACCAGACCAACAAUUAUAAUUGCACAAUC